ACGUUGAAAAACAAAGCGCGUCGGAAUAGCAAAGAAAAAAAAUAGUGACGCCGCGGCAGUGGUGUGGUGCCUGUGGUGUGCACGCGUGUGAGAAUUUUUAUUUUCUUUUGUAACCGGUUGACAGUUUACGUUUUCUGUGUUAACUAUUUAAUUAACAAAAUCAUUUUAAUUUGAAAUGGGCACAAUGGAAUAUAGUAAGCUUAGUGAUUUUUGGAAAAGUGUUAAAAUGAAUUGUAUUAGCUGCAAUGAUUAAAAAAAUAGAAGAAAUAAAAAGCAAGAGUUUAUUUAAGCCUUUGCAGUUGAAGUAAUAUUAAGGCAAAAAAUGUAUUUUCAAAUUUGAGAAAAAAAAUAAUAAUAAUCUGCUGGAAUCGCUAUCAAUCGCAAAGCAGUCAAAUGGAAGCCAUGUAAAUACACGCAAACAAAUCAUAUGUGAAAUCCUAUUUAGAUACGAAUUCAAGUAAUGUUUUAUGACGAUAUACAUACAUACAUACACCCCUGUGCAUGUACGUACAAAUGUAAAUUUAUGAAUACGUGAUGAAUUAGGCGAAGAAUGUGUGUAUUUUCAAUUGUGACGUCACAUAGACUCUUAAGUUGCCGUCCAAUUAUUAUUUUAGCUUCGAAAUUUGCAACCAACUAAUGUUAGAUUCGAUAUUCCCAAAAGCAUGUCAACUGCUACGAAACAGAAACGCUACUUUUUGCUAUUCGGAGCCACGCACAGCUCCUCAUCACUUAUCCUUCGCUCGCUAAAACUCUUCUUUACGAAGCAUCGUCGAAGAAGAUAAAAACGCGCGCUCGCUCAACUCCGCUCCUACAUAGAGAGGAAAGCGGUGAGAGUGUUGCUAGAGAGUUGGCACAGACCGCGCUCUCCAAGGAAAAUGUCCUCACGGCGUAGCUCAUUUCGCAAACGACAAAAACCACCAAUCGAACGAUUUAAGGAUCGAUGCCGACAGUUUACAGCUUUUAUGUUCAGCAAUGUUGGCAUCAUAUUACUGGUUAUUUUCUAUACAAUUGGAGGUGCCUUUAUUUUUCAAGCAAUUGAAUUAUUCGAAUACGAAAGACUUAGCUCGCAUAAAAUUGUUAAACCCAAUGCAACUGGGAAAUGCGUUAAAAAGAUUUGGGAAAUUACAGCGCAGAACAUAAGUUUCUACGAUAACACCUAUUAUAGAGAAAGAGUAAAUGAAAUUUUGCUGCAAUUCCAACGGGAAAUAGCACAUGAAAAUCUGAUCGAUCCAGAUAUUGACAAGCAAUGGAGCUUUUCGGGCGCAUUCCUUUACUCAUUAACGGUUAUAACAACAAUAGGCUACGGCAACAUAUCGCCCAAAUCGGAUUGGGGCAAAUUAGUUACCAUUUUAUAUGCAAUCAUCGGCAUGCCACUUUUCCUACUCUAUCUCUCCAAUAUAGGGGACGUACUGGCCAAGUCCUUCAAAUGGAUUUACUCCAAAGUCUGCCUGUGCCGCAUUUGUCCGGGCGUUGCGCGACGACGCAUUAUACGAGAGCGCCGGAAAAUACGGCAGUUGGCUAUGUCAAAAGCGCUACAAGACAUGGAAAGUCGCUACGCGAGCAACAGCAGCAGUGCUGAUAGCAGAAGCAGCAACAGCUCUUCAGGCAGCUAUUACAGCGAAGAAACCGAGAGCUCAACACAGAGCAUGAGUGCGCUGGAGAUCUUUGAAGAAGAAAACGAUUCCGAUAUUGAGAGAGAAAUACGCAUGAACACGGACGAGAUUACAGUACCAUUAAUGGUUUGUGUAGUCAUUAUGAUAAGUUACAUAUUAGCUGGUGCUAUUCUGUUUAGCCGUUGGGAGUCUUGGGGCUACCUGGACGGCAGCUACUUCUGUUUCAUCUCAUUGAGUAGUAUCGGUUUCGGCGAUUUGGUGCCGGGCGAACGUGUGGUACGCUGCUGCUUAUUAUCGAUUAAUUCAAAAAAGACAGUUCAAAAUUUUAACUUUCAGAUUACUGCCGAUAAAGACAAAGUUGAGGUUAGUUUUAUACUUUGUGCUGUUUACCUGCUGCUCGGUAUGGCGCUCAUCGCUAUGUGUUUCAAUUUAAUGCAGGAACAAGUCAUACAUAAUGUGCGCGCCAUCAAGCGAGCCUUUAAGUCCUGCUUUCGUUGCAAGAGAUGACACUACCUUAAGAAACCUUUAGUUGCAUAGCAAAUCGCGAACUCUUACCGCUAAGCUAAAAAUAAGUUAUUCAUAUGAAUAUUUAAGUAAUGUUUCCUAGCAGAUUAAAAUAGCUGUAAUAACUUCGAAUUGGGUAGACGUUAUAGUUUUCGAUCAAUACAGCGAGCCGAAUGUGUUCUCUUUAACUGGCAAUCGACGAAAAAAUUGUUAAUACGAAUUACGUUAAAUACUUUUUAUAAGCACACGA